UUGUACAACGCCUCAUAAACGACACAUGACCUAAGAUUUUGAGUUUUUAAGGUUAUCCUUUCGGAUGUUUUGUAUGAAUAGUAAAACAAAGCCAUAUCAUCUGUCUGCUCCGCCGUGAAUUUGUCCCCACAAGGCGGCGAUGAUCGGCAGUCGUGCCGGAGAAGACACACCCGAAUUAGCAGGAAAUGGUGAUGGUAACGAACCAUAUGUGGGUAUGGAGUUUGACUCUGAGGAUGCUGCUAAGAAAUUUUAUGAUGAAUAUGCAAGAUGUGUAGGAUUCAAAAUGCGCAUCGAUCAGUGUCGUCGAUCAGAAGUUGAUAAAACGAUUAUUUCUCGGCGGUUGUCUUGUAAUAAGGAGGGUUAUUAUACAAAAUCCAAGAACCAAUUUGGGCAGGUCAGGAAACAACAUACUAGUUCGAGACAAGGUUGCAAUGCGAUGAUGCUUGCUAGGGUUAAUAAAUUUGGCAAAUGGGUUGUCACUAGAUUUGAAAAAGAACAUACUCAUCCGCUAGCUAUCAGCCAAGGGGACUGUAAAGAAGGGAAAAUUCAGGCACUCACUGCAGAGUUGAAGCUUCAAGAUGGACUAAUUAAGUUUUACAGGGAGCAUUUAAGCACAUUUUUGGGAGACAUUGAGCAACAGACACAAGUUUUGUCAGCAAAAAUACAAGUAGCUGUUAAUACUAUGAGAGAGCUGGAAACAAAAUAGUAGUAGAAGUUGAUUUGGGUUUGCAACUCCAUUUUGAAUGCAUACAACUCCUAAAUCGCUGAUUUUAUUUGUAAUCGCCGUUUUCUGUUCAUUAACAGUGCGAGUGGAUCAUCAACCCAAUUCCAGUAUUUGCCA